CAACAAUGACGGAAGAACAUGUCGAUUAUCAAUGACAUGGGAUGGACCUGCCGCAAAACCACAGCAAGCAUGGACACAACGGCAUUUCAAUAUGCCAGGUACCUGGUAAGGUACCGACGGGACUGCUGAUGUCAGGAGCGGGGUUAUCUUGAAUGGACGUGGAAGGUAGGAUACUUUAAAUGGUCCUCUUUCUCUUCUUCAGGAAUCCGUGAGUCUCUCACUGCAUCAACACAACUUGUACAUUUUCCGUCACGCAACCAACAUUAACACAAUACUGUGUAAACACAACCAUCAAAACCCACACACACACCUCAAACACAUUUCAUCAUGCCUUCCCCUGAGCGCGGCCAGUCCCCCCCUCCCGAGCGCCAGACCGGCAAGCAGCAGAGCUCGGUUGCUGGUUCCGGUACUGGCGUCGACGACGCUUCCAAGAAGGAUCAGACCAACAAGUCUGGUCUCGAGAACCUCACAUCCAACCCCAAGGGUCCCCUAGACGACGAGGUCGAGAGAAAGUUCGCGAAGACGAGCAAGCCUGAGGAUUCAAAGUAAAGAGCACAUGGGAAGCUUAAUGGGACACAAUGAUUCAUGAAUUUGGCGUUGGGAAUGUUUUCUUGGGACUGGGAAACCGAUGCUGCCUCUAGAAGCGAUGCGGCAGCCAUGUUGAACAUUGGCCAAUUGGUCGAUUUGAACAAAACAAGUAGAGCACAGAUUAUCUGACAUCAAAUGACCUACACUUGAACCCAUCACGAACA